UCUGUCAAUUAUCUUUGUUUGGCUUUGUUGCACCAUAUCCUUCUCCUCCUUUGCGCUCCUGUCUUUCCCCCCUCUCUCUCUCCACGGCUCUGCUUGUGUAACCUGGUGUCCGAGGAGUCACUCCUCUCUCCCGCUGUUCAGCUUUGUGGUGGUUCUGCAUGGGGCUGCGGCUCUCCGAGAAGGAAUUUCGGCAGACAGAAAGCAGAUGGGUCCUUCUCAAACCCCAGCGGUCCCCGGGGGCCCCACCUGCCCUGCAAUCUGAGGUCUUAGCGCUACACCUGUUGUGACUCGUCCUGCAGCCAGUCGCUGUCUAGCCCAGCCUCAGCCCAGCUGACAUGACACGCUGUGGAUGUGGGUACGUGUGGAGCUGAAGGAGGAGACCUCCCUGCUGGGGUAAAGAGUUUGGAACGCGUUGAAAAGAGGCUGAACGCUAAAGCUCCUGGAGGAUCAAGUGGGGCGAGCUGACGAAGAAGACGCACACGCUCCAAAAGCAAGGGAUUUUUCAAAAAACUUUUUUGUUGUUGUUUUUGCUGCAGCAGCAGAUAUGAAAAGCCACACUGUGACUGCGUCUGUGGCUCUGCUGGUCCUCUGCUGCCUGCUGAUUCCCAGAGGAGGGAGGAGUGCCGGGGGAAUAGCUUCUCUCCUCCAGGAGAAGCAGACUCAGGAUCAGCUGCAAGACGAGUCCCCGGAUGAUCGAGAAAGCGAGCAGGAGCUCGCAGGGGACCCACACCCACUGGGACGCAGCAUCAAGGCCAAGAGAGAGGCACAGGGGACCUCACAGGAGGGCAUUUUGAGCAGGCUGAGAAGAGCCCCGGAGGAAGGCAAAAAGAAGAAGAAAGACAAAAAGAAGAAAGAGCCAAAGGAUCCAAAUGCCACUAAAAAGCCUAAAACUGACAAGAAGGGGAAGAAGAAAGACAGGCAAACCACAACCCUCCCACCCACCACAACAGCGAUCCCAACAGAGCCUCCCACUGAUCCCCCCGCUGAGCCUGACUACUUCCCUGAUUCUGACGACUACUGGACAGCAGAAGAUGACUACUGGGGGACUGGCACCACUCCCUCUCCAAGCACUGAGCCCCCAUACCUUCCCAGGGUACCAGACGACCCCGUGACCGACGCCUACGAUGACUACUGGAAUCCCGUCGAGGGAGAGCCGUCGACUUCACCGCCCGACAACUACGACGAUCUCUGGAAGGAAAUUGAGAAGGAGCCGUACGCUCCUGUGACCGAUAACUACGACAUUUACUGGAAGGAGCUGGACCCGACCCCCGAGGCCCCGGAGAAGUACGGCACAGACGACAGUGACUACUGGGAUGCAACAGUCGAGCUUCCAGAUAAAUUCCCAGACGGAGAAGAGGUCAGCCCCGAGGUCAUAGUGGAAACCAUCCCAGAACCCACAACAUCUGCUCCACUUGAGAGGACCUGGUAUGAUGAUUAUGACGAAUACGGAAUGAGACGGAAAGACUAUGACACAGAUGAAAAGUGGGUAGAGAAAGAAAGAGAGCGAGCCAAGAAGGAGAGAGAGAGGGAGGAGAGAGAACGAGCAGAGAAGCUGAAGGAGGCCGAGGAGCGAGCCAGGAACAGACCACGUGUCUACAAGGAGCCAAAGAAAUGUCCUCCUCUGGGGAUGGAGUCCCAUAAGAUCGAGUCAGACCAGCUCACAGCCUCCUCCAUGUCUCAGUACACCUUCUCUCCUCAGAGGGCGCGCCUCAACAUGCAGGGCUCAGAGGAUGAGGACAACAUGAGAGGUGGAGCAUGGUGCGCAAACUCAGAGGACAGGAUCCACUGGUUUGAGGUCGACGCUCGUAGGGAGACCGAGUUCACCGGAGUUGUAACUCAAGGCCGAGAUGCCCUGAAUGAGAGCGAUUUCGUGACAUCCUACUUCCUGGCCUUCAGCAAUGACAGCAGAGAAUGGACCACCAUUCACGACGGAUACGCAGACUGGCUGUUCUUCGGAAACAACGACAAGGACACUCCCGUCAUGAACCGGCUCGCCGAGCCCGUGCUGGCUCGCUACAUCCGGAUCAUCCCUCAGAGCUGGAACGGCUCUCUGUGCAUGAGGCUGGAGGUCCUGGGCUGCCCUGUGCCUGACCCAGGUGGUGCCCUGUACAGGCAGAAUGAGGUGACUCCUGUGGAUUACCUGGAGUUCAAACACCACAGCUACUCAGAGAUGGUUGAACUGAUGAAGUCGGUACAUGAGGAAUGCCCCAACAUCACCAACGUUUACAGCCUGGGCCGUAGCUCUAAGGGACAAGAAAUCAUGGCAAUGAUCAUCUCUGGAAACCCCACGGAGCACGAAAUAGGUGAGCCGGAGUUUCGCUUCACCGCUGGUCUCCAUGGGAACGAGGCAGUGGGGAGGGAGCUGAUCCUGCUGCUCAUGCAGUACCUGUGCAAAGAAUACAAAGACAGGAACCCCAGGGCCCAGCGCCUGGUGGAGGGAAUACGCAUCCACCUGGUUCCCUCUCUGAACCCCGACGGGCACGAGACAGCUUUCGAGGUGGGCUCGGAGAUGAGCAGCUGGACCAUGGGACACUUCACUGAGGACGGCUUUGACAUCUUCCAGAACUUCCCUGACCUGAACAGCAUCUUGUGGGACGCCGAGGAUAAGGGCAUGGUGCCUAAACUGACCCCCAACCAUCAUGUGCCCAUACCAGAAAACUUUGAGUUCAACACCUCGAUUGCUAUGGAGACCAGAGCUAUUAUUUCCUGGAUGAAAACCUACCCAUUUGUGUUGGGUGCGAACUUCCAAGGCGGAGAGGCCAUCGUGGCCUAUCCUUAUGACAGUUUACGUCUCAACAAGCCUGCCAAGAGCGAGCAAUCCCGCAGCCGCAAGAAGAGACAGUACGAGGACGAAGGUUUUGAUGCGACCGAGUGGGGAAGGGGCUACCAGGAGGAACCAGAGGAAGACUGGAGAAGUCGAGGAUACGCAGAGCCAGAGGAAGAGUGGCGAGGUCAUGGAUACGACCAUGGAUACGACCCUGGAUACGAGCAUGGCUACAGCCAGGGUUAUGGACACAGAGAGGAAGAGGAGGACGACGGAGGGCGCGGGGCUGGAUACCACUACAGUGAGCCCGAAGACGAGCCCCGGCUGACCCCGGAUGAGUCACUGUUCAGGUGGCUGGCUGUGUCGUACGCCUCCACGCACCUGACCAUGACCCACAACUACCGCGGGUCCUGCCACGGAGACAUACCCGCAGGAGCAGUCGGCAUGGUCAACCGGGCAAAGUGGAAGCCCGUCACCGGGAGUAUGAAUGACUUUAGCUAUCUUCAUACCAACUGCUAUGAGCUGUCCAUAUUCCUGGGCUGUGAUAAAUUUCCUCAUCAGAGUGAGUUGGCUCAAGAAUGGGAGAAAAACAGGGAAGCAAUGCUCACCUUCAUGGAGCAGGUGCAUCGUGGCAUCAGAGGCAUUGUGAAAGAUCAGCAGGGGAAUCCUAUUGCAAACGCCACAAUCUCUGUGGAGGGAAUAAACCAUGAUGUUACCACAGCCCCAACAGGGGACUACUGGCGGCUGCUGAACCCGGGGGAGUACCGGGUGACGGCGAAGGCCGAAGGCUUCUCCUCCGAGACUAAACUCUGCGUGGUGGGUUACGAGUCCGGCGCGACCUCCUGCAGCUUUAACCUGGCCAAGUCCAACUGGGACCGCAUCAAACAGAUUAUGGCCCUUCACGGCAACAAGCCAAUUCGACUCAGUUACAGCAACUCCAGAACACAAACCUCUUCGCGCAGCAGCAGCAGCCAGAAGCGUGUGAUUAGUGGCGGCAACAGGUUUUCUUCAAACUCCAAUGCAAGUCCCCAGCGCAUGAGGAUGCUCAGGAUUGCGCGUAUCCGCCGCCUUCGGCAGCAGAGGUUAAUGAGGUUGAGAUUGAGUUUGACGACGACGAUGAUGCCCACAACAACGACGACGACGACCACAGCUCCAACAACAUCGUGGUACGACUCAUGGGGAAUAGAGGAAGCAGAAUCCGUCACACCUGUCCUGGAUUAUAACUACGAAUACAAAAUUGACGAUUAUUAAAAUAAAAAAUAAAAAUAUCCAGCUUGUUUUAGUAAACCACUCCAGGUUUGUAAUUGUAGCUCUUGUCAGUUCAGUCUUUUUUCUUUUUAAAACAAAAGCAGUGAGAAUGUACAUGUAACUACGGUGAAAAGUUUCUGUUACACAACUAAAAAACGAAUCCAUGUUUAUAGACCUUUCUGUCCAGCUCAAAGUCCACGCUGUUAUUUUUGUCUCUUUUGUAAAUGUAUGCUUCGUGAAAAGAUGUUUAUUGAGAACACAAAUUAAAAGAAAACAAACAGCUGAA